GAGAUCGGAGAGAAAGUAAUGGAAGAAGGACUGUUACCAAGGUCCAAUAAUGCAGAAGUUGGCGACGAGCUGCCGCCAAGCAGUAGUAAAGGUGCCUCAGCCACACUUGUUGUUGUGCUCAGCACCAUGGUCGCCCUCUGCGGUUCUCUCUGCACUGGCUGCGCUUCAGGAUAUUCGUCAUCUGCCGAAACCGGACUUGUGGAAGAUUUGGACCUCUCUGUGGCAGAAUUUUCACUCUUCGGUUCUAUAAUAACCAUUGGAGGAGUGAUAGGUGCAUUACUCAGCGGAAAGAUGGCGGAUAUUAUUGGGAGGAGAGGUGCAAUGUGGUUCUCUGAAAUUUUCAGCCUUGCAGGUUGGCUUGCUAUAGCAUUUGCAAAGAAUGCUUGGUGUUUGGAUCUCGGAAGACUAUCAGUUGGUAUUGGCGUUGGGAUUAGUUGCUAUGUGGUACCUGUAUAUAUUGCAGAAAUAACACCUAAGGAUAUUAGGGGACAAUUUACAUCAUCUAAUCAGCUGAUGAUCUGUUGCGGCCUUUCACUGAUGUAUUUCACUGGAAAUGUCGUUCCCUGGCGCACCUUGGCUUUAAUUGCUGCUACUCCUUGUCUGGUACAAAGUGUAGGUUUAUUCUUUGUUCCAGAGUCUCCUAGAUGGUUGGCAAAAAUUGGUAAAGAGCAAGAGCUUGAAGCUGCUCUGCAGCAUCUUAGGGGGAAGAAUGCUGAUAUCUCUCAAGAAGCAGCUGAUAUCAUAGACUUUACAGAAACCUUUCAACAGCAACAAGAAACGAAAAUUAUGGAAUUGUUCCAGCGGAAAUAUGUCCAUUCUCUCAUUGUUGGACCUGGGUUGAUGUUACUGCAACAAUUUGGAGGAGCUAAUGCAAUUGCAUCUUAUGCAAGCUCUAUAUUCGUAGAUGCUGGUUUUUCAAGUAGCAUUGGGACCAUAUCAAUGGCUAUCAUCCAGAUUCCAUCUGCUGUUGUGGGUGUAAUCUUGACAGAUAAAUCCGGAAGAAGACCACUUCUUAUGGUCUCUGCUGCUGGAAUGUGCUUGUGUUGCCUUCUUGUAGGCUUGUCAUUUGGCUUUAUUCAGGGCAUCUACUGGUUAAAGGGCAUCUUGGUGCUGAUUGGGAUCCUGGGGUAUAGUGUGGCUUACACAAUAGGCAUGGCAGGAUUACCAUGGGUUAUAAUGUCAGAGAUAUUCCCUAUAAACGUCAAGGGUAUGGGUGGAAGCCUAGUGACUUUAGUGAACUGGUCCAGCUCUUGGAUUGUUUUAUACGCAUUCAAUUUUAUGAUGGAAUGGAGUGCAGCAGGAACAUUUCUCAUAUUCUCUGGGAUCAGUGGUUUGAGUGUUGUAUUCGUGGCAAAACUGGUUCCAGAGACCAAAGGGCGAGCUCUGGAAGAAAUUCAAGCAUCAAUUACCAGUUCUACUGCAAUAAGAUCAUGAAGUCCAAGAAAUACUAGGGAAUGUUUUUUUCCUGAUACAUUUAAAAUAUGUUGUUAGAUCGAUUAAACUUUUAGAAUAUCAUGUCAGAACUGUAAAAUAAUUGUAUGAGUAAUAUUCAUAUUUCCAUUAUUGCUCUUCA